AUGUACACGGGCCCGAACGACAUCACGAGGACCCAUAUCAGCGCCGAGGGGGACCAAGAGGAGGGAGCACUGGUGACCUUGCUAAGGGUGGUGACCGGCGUCGAUGACUUCACCCGGGCGGUCAUGCCCCGAGAGCAGCUGGCGCUUUACGCGGACCCGAGCCGGGUGGCGCUGCAAGCGACGCUGCCAGAAUUCGACACACGGGGUUUAGUGGACUGUCCGGGGCGCCGGAACCCCAGGACUAUUCAAAUCCUAGGGGUGGAUGAAGAGGCAGGGACGCCGCGGGCGGCAGGCCACAGGCCGGCCGUGGAGCUGCUGCAAGCAGCAGCCAUCAGGCCGGCGGUAGGGGCGCCGCCUGUAGCGGAGCGGCGGCCUCGGGGGACAAAGGGAAACGCCCCCGGUCGUUCGUGCCCCAGCCGUCGUCCUCGUCGUCGCCAUCGCCUCCACGACAACCGCCGGCGGCGAAUGGCACGAAGGAGGGAGGCCAGGGCGGAGGUCAAGUCCAGGGCGCACGGAGUCCGGGACGGAGAGAGGGCUCACAGGGGACGCAGCACCCAUCUGCCAUCAAGCCAGGCCCCAGAACCUCUCCUGGACGUGCUCGGAAGCGCCCGAGAGGUUAUCGUGCGGCUGGAGGCAGCCGUGGCGGUGGAGCGAGUAGAGCUCAAUAGGGAUUGCGCCGCCCUCGUCGAAGAGAGGGGCUGGCUAGAAGAGGUCGGCAGGCUCCUGGAGGCCUGGUUCGCGUUGGCCCGCGCAACCCACGAGAGGUCGAUGCGCGCGGUGGCAGAGGAGCGAGAGGCGUUGGAGGAGGUGCGCGACGAGGCCGUCGCCGCGCAGGAGAAGGCCACUUGCAUGGAGCGCCAGGCGGCCGAGCGCGACCAGGCCUCACGGAGGCGGGCCGCGGAGCUGCUCGCUCGGGAGCGGCUGCUCCUUGCUCGGGAGGAGGCGGUCGUCAAACGCGAGAAGUCCGUGCAGUCCACCCAGGCAGACUUAGCCCGCCGGAACGAUGAGUUCGAGCGGAGCCACGCCGAAGUCCUUUGUCGGGAGGAGGAGGUCGCGAUCCACGAGACCGACGUCGAGAUCACGGUGACGGCUCAGGAUGCCCGGGAGGAACAGAUUGCACGGCGUGAAGCCGAGGCCGCCUCGUCGUUGUCGACCCUCAAUGCUCAGGAGGAGCAGGCCGCCAAGUGGGAGGCCGAGCUGGCCGCCAGGGAGCAGGCCCUCGCAGCCUUGGCUGAAAAGGAGAAGCGGGGGCAAGCCGAGGCCCCGACCACCAGUGGCGUCCCGACCAGUGCAGUCGAGGUUAUCAGCCUUGAGGAAUGGCUGCAGAUGACGAGGGGCGAGCUCGAGACCGCAUGGAGGUCCGUGAGGGAAGCCGGGCUCGGGCACGUCAACGUGGGCGAGAAGGGGAUGGACCAAGAGGCUAUCGGCCACCUCGCCCUUGGCUUCGAAGAGAUCAGCUGGCGUCUCAAGGCUCUCCUAAGGGCUGUGAAGGAGUUGGCGUCCCGGGAGGGGUGCGCUCUGGCCUAG